UUAUAAACAGCCACGAUUUAGUUCGAGUUUUCUACAAAAACAACGGAAAGAGUGAUUCGAGUUGCAAUGUAAAAUCGUGAAUUAAAGUAUAAAGACAUAGAAUUGGCAGUGAUUAUAAAAAUUAAUUUAUAAGUUAUUGUAAAAUUUGUUCGAGGCAAGCAACACAAAAGAUUCAAAAAUGACAAAAGGGUUCCUGAUUUUUCUUUUACUUUUCAAUAUUUAUCAUCAAUCUUCGGGAUUUUUUCAAUCGCCGGAUAAGGUCGCUGAGAAGCAAUGUUUCUGUGAAGUAAGUUCUUAUCAUUGAUUAAAGAAUUACUUUGUGACAUUAUCUUGAUCAAUAUGAAUCAUUUUGGGAAUUUCCGCAAGAAAUUAGAAAUUCAUGAAAAUCGGAACUGUAUCUUUUUGUGUACGUGCCUCUUUUCGUGCAUAUACGUACAUCUGUUUUGUUCCUACAUGUUCUAUUGUCGUGUGUAAAAAGAUAUAUCAUAACAAAAACAUACUUUAUUCAUUAUUGCUAUAAACUUAAAGGCAAUGUUGAUGAUUGUAGCUGUAGCGUUGAUACGGUCGAUUACUAUAACAAUGUUAAAAUAUUUCCACGAUUAAAGAGUCUUUUACAAUCCAAUUAUUUCCGAUUCUUUAAAGUCAAUUUACAUAAUGACUGUCCAUUUUGGAAGGACGUUGACUUUGAGUGUGCUAUGAAAUUCUGUCAUGUUGAAUCAUGCGAAGAGAAAGACUUACCAGUUGAAUUACAAGAUGACAUUGACGACAAACCUAAGAAGGAAGCACCAAAAGAUAAAUAUCUGAAAGAGAAUCAAGUUUUAGGAUGCAAAGAAGAUUACAAUAAGGAACUAGAUUUAGUCAAUAAAUCUAUUAGCGAGAAGCAACACGAAGAAUUGCAAAAAUGGUCAGAACAUGAUGAAGCACAAGACAGUUUUUGUGUAUUGGACGACCAUCAAGAGAAAGCAGAAUAUGUUGAUUUAUUGCUUAAUCCAGAAAGAUUUACUGGUUAUCAAGGACGAUCUGCUAACAGGAUAUGGCAGACAAUUUAUAAGGAAAAUUGCUUCAAAUCCCCAAAAGUAUCAAAAGAACAGUCAUCAUACAAGCAAUUAAUGAAAACGAAAGUAUUAGAUGAAACUUGUUUAGAGGAAAGAGUUUUUUAUCGAAUGGUAUCAGGUUUACAUGCAAGCAUCAACGUACAUUUGGCAGCUAACUUCUUACAGUCUGAAAAAGAUUCACCGUUAGGAAUGGUUUCAAAGAAUGGACUAUGGGGACCUAAUUUAAAGGAAUUUGUCGCUAGAUUCAGUCCAGAAACAACAUAUGGUGAAGGUGAGAAAUGGCUUAGAAAUUUAUAUUUCGCAUAUCUUGUCGAACUACGUGCAAUCGCAAAAGUCGCACCUUAUUUAAGAAAUGAAGAAUUCUUCACUGGAAUCGAAAAAAGUGAUAAGGAAGUCAGACUUGCAGUUAAUGAUAUAUUAAAUGUGAUUGAGGCAUUCCCUUCGCACUUUGACGAAAGUAUUAUGUUUAAUGGAGUCAAUAUAAACUUGAAGAAUGAGUUUCGUGAAAAGUUCCUGAACAUUUCACGUAUUAUGGACUGCGUGGGUUGUGAUAAAUGUCGUUUGUGGGGUAAAUUACAAACUCAAGGAAUGGGAACAGCACUGAAGAUUUUAUUCUCCGGUAAAUUUGAACACAAUACUCUCGAGAACAACAUUUAUGUCACAGAUCAUCCAAUAAGGGAUGACUUUAAGAUGAGAAGAAGUGAAAUUGUUGCACUAUUUAAUGCAUUUGGAAGACUGUCAAGUUCAAUUUACUACCUAGAGUUGUUUAGAAAUCAACUUAGAUAAUAUUAAAAGGAUUUUAAAUUAAUUUUGUUGGCAUUUUGAUGAACAAAAAAAAACAAGCAUCAAAUGCUUACAAUUUGAUAUUAACGUAUAGUCAAUGAAGCUGGACUUAAUGUUUUAAUUGUUAGAGAGAAACUAUUUUUCGUCCAUUCUCGUUUUUACCUACAUACCUACCUUAAUUAAAAUUAUUUUUGGCAUAAAAGAAUAUUAAAUUUAACGAUAAAGCUAAAUGUUUAAAUUAUGAAAUAAAAUACGUUCUGCUCAUGACGAUCCAUUAUACUAUCAGGUGUGAAUUAAUUAUUCAAGUAUAGACAUUCGUGUUUUAGCAACUGUGUUUGCUAUCCUUCCUUCCAUCUCAUAAAGACAUCACAUUAUUUUGCUUAAUAUAUGCAUUUUCUAUGAUUAUUUUUUGUUACUGAUUUUUGUAAAAAUAAAGAACCUUUGUGUUGUGAA